CUGGUGGGCCCGAACAACCGUUCCUGCUAUCGUGUUCUGGUCGCGUCUCUGCGGUUACAAACUCCUGAUGGUGAACGAGAGGCGCGCCUUCAGUAGGAAGCAUACAUCCCGUCACUACAUAAUACUUUACCUGUCUUUCCUGCCAUUCUUUUCGUCCUUAGGCUGGCCAUGGAUCUGUUCAUCUGCUAUCCUGAAUACCACGUGCUAGUAUGCAGGUCCUGUGCCUACGCUGUUGCACCUCCGCACCUUGCCGCGCACAUGGCAACCAAGCACGCCAACGAUAUCUGUAGCAAAGAUAACCUGCACAGAACUACUAAGGUAGCUGCUACGCUUGCGACGCGCCUUAGAGAGGAAUACGACCUCCUUGAUCCUACGACCAGCAUUAUCCCACGCCCACCGCCUACGAAGCCGCCAUUUCCCAAUCUCAAGCCCUAUCCCAGGGCGGCUAUCCCAGGGCGGCAUCGACACCCAGCCCUAGGUGUCGAUAGGACCGCAUCGGCGCACAGUCAACCGUACGGAUCCCGACGUACGGUGAGACAGAUAGCUAGAAAGCAGGGGAAUUACCAAUGGGAACCCACGCUGUUGUCACAUAUUUGCUGUCAGAACAGAAGGAAAUAAAAUAGAAUUUCCUUUACCACCCAUGAAACUCUCCGGUAUACACCGCCAGCUUUCCACCAUACACUUUCUUGGAAGCCUUUGCCAGAACUAUCAUCAUGCCAUCGCAGGAUUCUUGAACAGUUGUAGGUGCAUGAUCGCCCAUUCCCACAGCUUGUGCCGCCGCGUUGCCCAAAUCCGUUGACACAUGUCCGGGGUCG